AUGGUGUCUCUCUCUGGACUCUGGACCUACUGCCUCGCCCCCGGGAGACCUCAUCUCCUCUUCCUCUCUGCCCGAACGCUCCUGCUACUUCUCCUCUUGACCGUCUUCUCCUCCCCGGAGCCCUGCUUCCCGCACCCGCAGCCUUGCCACAUCCUCGCCCGGAUAGGACACACCGUGCGCCUCGGCGCGCUCUUGCCGACCCGCCAGCCGGCACGGAUACAAAACGCGCUCAACCGCGCCCUGGCUAGCCUCCGGCACCAGAGCGGUGGGGCAGACUCCUCCACGACCACCUCCCAAACACCCCCCCUGCUGCCCUACAACCUGAGCCUGGAGAUGGUGGCUCGAUCGCCCGCGGGAGGGGACCCGGAGUCGCUGUCCCGUAGCGCCUGCCAGGACCUGGUGGUCAGAGGGGUAUCCGCUGUGCUUGCCUUCCCCCGCUCCAGGGAGGAGCUGAUCCAGGUGGAGUUCCUCUCGUCUUUCCUGGAAAUCCCCUUCAUCUCCAUUCUGGAGGACACGGAACCUCUUGUGACUAAGAACCGUUUCCACCUGCAGAUGUCGGCCCGUGUGCCUCCAUCCACCCUGGGCACCCUGCUGCUGGCGGUCCUGCAGGGCAAAGAAGGGGACAGGGGAAGCCGGGGGGAGGGGAGCUGGGGAGGAGCAGCGGUGGUCUGCCCCGGGUGGGAGGAAGGGGGCGACGGGUUGUUGUCUCACCUGCAGACCCACAGCGGCUCUACCUGGCAUUUGUGGGAUAUCAUCAACCUGACCCGCAUCUCCAGCGGCGAGGAUAGAAGAGGGGAGGCCAGCGAGGAGAGGAGGGAGGAUCAGAGGGAAGAGGAGGCUUUGAAGAUCCUCUCUACCCGUUUCCUGCGCUCCCCCUCUCCCAUCUCCUCUGUUCUCCUCCUGGGAUCUGACCCCGAGUGUGUCUCCUCCGUCCUGCGGGCCGCUCAGCGCCUUGCUCCAUCACUCCCAGCACUGCAGUGGAUCAUGGGAUAUCCCUUGUCUCCGGAUUCGCUCCACACUUUAGGGGGUCCCCUCGGACUGCUAGCCUACGGGGAGGUCGGCCGCAAGCCAAUCAGCUUCUACAUCCGGGAUGCUUUGCAGCUGAUCGGCCGUGCGGUCACUGCGGCGACCAUGGUGAGGCCGGACUUGGCACUGAUUCAGAACAUGGUGAAUUGUUACGACAAACCAAACCGGCAUGAGCUGCCCUCUUCAGGACAGUACCUGGCCAGGUUUCUCUCCAACACUACUUUCACCGGGGCCACGGGGCUGAUCCAGGUGGACGCUGGCCUCUCUCGGGUCUUCGCCUCCCAGCUGUUCCACGUGUGGAGCCUGAAGAGGGGCGCUCUUGGCCAGCCGGCCUGGGUGACUGUAGGCCAGUGGACCCGAGGCAGGCUGGAGUUAGAAGGGGGGGUGCUGGGACUGGUGGGAGGGUUCAGGAGCAGCCAGGGACAAGGGCUUGGAGCUGGGGUGAGGGGAGGGGACGGCCAGGGGGACAGUAACGUUGGAGGACGCUGGAGGCCGGGACUUUCUGUUGAGGGGCACCGCCUGAGGGUGGUGACGCUGGUGGAGCACCCGUUUGUCUUCACACGGGAGGUGGAUGAGGAUGGCUUGUGUCCAGCUGGUCAGCUCUGUCUGGACCCCAGAACCAACAGGUCUGACAUAAUCCAGGGCCUCUUCAACCAGCUGCACAACCCAAACGCAUCAACUACAGAAUGGGAGGGCACUGACCUGCCGGAGGACCUGAGGAAGUGCUGCUACGGCUACUGCAUCGACUUGUUGGAGAAGCUGGCAGAGGACAUGGGUUUCACCUUCGACCUUUAUAUUGUGGGAGACGGGAAGUACGGGGCACUGAGCGGGACGGGGCGCUGGACGGGGCUGGUCGGGGACCUGCUGAGCGGAACCGCUGACAUGGCUGUCACCUCCUUCUCCAUCAACUCUGCCAGGAGCAGAGUCAUCGAUUUCACGUCGCCCUUCUACUCCACCAGCCUGGGCAUUCUGGUUCGUAGCCGGGACACUGCAGCCCCCAUCGGCGCCUUCAUGUGGCCUCUCCACUGGUCCAUGUGGGUGGGGAUUUUUGUCACGCUGCAUCUCACCGCGCUCUUCCUCACCUUGUACGAAUGGAACAGCCCCUUCGGCAUGACGCCCCACGGCAGGAACAGGCUGCGUGUCUUCUCCUACUCCUCCGCCCUCAAUCUCUGCUACGCCAUACUGUUUGGACGCACUGUCGCCACCAAGACUCCAAAAUGCUGGACCGGGCGCUUCCUGAUGAACCUCUGGGCCAUCUUCUGCUUACUGGUGCUGUCCAGCUACACUGCCAACCUGGCCGCGGUCAUGGUCGGGGAGAAGACCUUCGAGCAGGUCUCGGGAAUCCACGACGACAAGCUGCACCAUCCCUCCCUGGGCUUCCGUUUCGGGACGGUGAGGGAGAGUAGCGCUGAGGAUUACAUGAAGAAGAGCUUCCCGGAGAUGCACGACUACAUGAGGCGCUUCAACCAGCCCACCACCCCAGAAGGUGUCCAUAUGUUAAAGACAGAUCCUCCUGCCCUGGACGCGUUCAUCAUGGACAAAGCCCUGCUGGACUUCGAGGUGUCCAUCGACGCAGACUGCAAACUGCUCACUGUUGGGAAGCCUUUCGCCAUUGAAGGCUACGGUAUCGGCCUGCCCCAGGGCUCUCCUCUAACCCGCAACGUGUCGGAGUUCGUGAGUCGCUACAAGUCUGACGGCUUCAUGGACACGCUACAUGACAAAUGGUAUAAGGUGGUGCCCUGCGGGAAGCGAGUCUUUGCGGUCACUGAGACGCUACAGAUGGGGAUCCAGCAUUUUUCAGGCCUCUUUGUGCUUCUGUGUAUGGGGGUGGGUGGGGCCCUGCUGACCUUGGCAGGUGAGCACACCUUCUAUCACCUGGUCAUCCCCCGCCUGCGGCGCACGCACACACUGCAGUACUGGCUGCACACCAGCCAGAAGAUCCACCGAGCCCUCCACACCACAUACGAGGACGUCAGGAAGGAGCUGACCGGCCUGGAUGAAAACCCCUCCUCUUGUAUCUCAGAGAACUGCACCCUGCACAGGAAACAGCAUCAGCCUCCUCCACCAUCUCCUCCAACUUCCCUCAACGCUUCCACCACAGCUGGAGACACCGGCAGCUCCUCACCGUCCCAUGAGCCCAAGGAGAAGCGUGUGCACUUUGACCUGGAGACCCUUCACAGUUACCGCCUGCGCACACACACGGCCUCGGUGCGCGGCCGGCCCGGCAUGGUCGGCCGCCCCGGGCUCGGGCUUGGAGGGUUGGGACUGGGCAACCUGGGGAGCUUUGCCUCGCCUCCGCAGAUAAGCCUCCAUGUCAACGGGGGACCCGUCUCGACACUGGCCUCCACAGGCUUGGUGCUCUCUCCCCUGGGAAGCAGGGCCGCUCAGACCAGCAUGUGGGAGGGGGAGCUCCAGGACCUGCAGGGGAAGAUCGAGACGUUCCGUACACAGCUGAGAGAGGCUCUGGCCAGGAGAGCAGAGAUCCAGAGCAGCCUGGAGAGAGAGCGGAGCGGACUCGUACGCAGGGACACCAGUCUGGAGCGGGAAAGGGACAGACAGAGGAUACAAACUAUUAACACGGACAGAAGUAGCUCCACUCAGCCCAAACUCCCUGAGAGAGACAGGACCAGCCAGCUGCAAACCCUGAACAAUCAACAGACAGGGAGGGCCAACCAAUCAGGCGGCCCUGUGACACUGGAGCAUGGGAGAAGCAGCCAAUUAAACACAGUUAACAGUUUGGACAGAGGGAGAGCCAACCAGCUACGCUCUGUGAAUACUUUAAUGAGAGAAAGGACUGUCCUGUCGCGCACUUCCACCAGUUUGGAGCGAAGUCGAGUCAACCAACCAGGUGCUGGAAACACAGCUGUCCAAUCACGGAACACUUCUAGCCUGGACAGACAGAAGGCUAACCUAUCAGGCACUCUGAACACUUUGGAGAGGACAAAAGCCAACCAAUCAAGCGUAGGCAGCGGGACUUGA